AUGACUGAAUUCCUGGUUUGUUUUAAUUGGUGCAAUGGUGAACAGCCCCAGCCGAAGAGGCGUCGGAGACUGGACCGGAAUAUGAUCGGAGAACCAAUGAACUUUGUACACACUGCGCACGUUGGGGCGAGAGAGAUGAGUGGCGACUACUCAUCAGCUGUAUCAAUUCAGGAGCACAUGAAGUCUAAAGGUGGCUACACAAAUGGCACUUCUGCAACUGUUGAGAUAUAGGAAACUGAGAGAAGGCUGAAAUCUGCUCUGUCUUAAGAGGACCACCUGGAGUGUGCUUUCAUAUUCUUUAAAACCUCUUUAUCAUGGAGUAGAGAGUACUUGAAUUUAUAAAUAGGUCAGUGCAAGCUUUGGUGUUUUUAUCACAAUAGCUUCUGAAGGAGUUGUUGUAAAUUAUCCUUAAAAUGUCCUCUCAUGGUAGUGCUGCAGUAGCAACUGUAAUUUGUCACUGUGGAUGACUUCCUAGCUGUGUCCCAAAAACCUCACAAAGUUGUCUUGUAGGAUGGCAACUGGAAGUCAGUAUGAAUUGUCUGGGGUUUUGGUCUCUGUCUUUAUCUCACCUCAAGACAUGCAGAGGUUGAUUUAACUGGAAGAUACCACACGUUUGCACUUCUUA